AGCGGGAACAUGAAGCUGCCACUCCUGGUGUUUACUGUGCAUCUGCUGUGGCUGAAAGAUUGUCCCUGUGCACCUACGUGGAAGGACAAGGCUGCUGUCCACGGGCGCCUGACGGGUUUUUCUGAGCCUGGCGAUAUAGGUGUUGAUGAAGAGGUGAAGAAGGCUUUGAUUGGUAUGAAGCAGAUGAAAAUCAUGAUGGAAAGGAGAGAGGAGGAACAUACUAAUCUAAUGACAACCCUGAAGAAAUGCAGAGAAGAAAAACAGGAGGCCCUGAGACUUAUGAACGAAGUUCAAGAACAUCUGGAAGAGGAAGAAAGGCUAUGCCGGGAGUCUUUGACAGAUUCCUGGGACGAGUGCAAGUCUUGCUUGGAAAGUGACUGUGUGAGAUUUUAUACAACCUACCAACCUGGUUGGUCCUCUAUGGGAAAUGUGAUUGGACAGUUUUUUAGGAAGAUCUAUCAAUUCCUGUUCCCGCUCCACGAAGAUAAUGACAGAGAGCUCCCCGUCGGGGAAAAGGUCCCGGAGGAAGAUGCACAAGUGACCCAAAUAGAGCACAUGUUCAGCCAACUGACCGUGGACGCGGGAUUUCUCUUUAACAGGAGUUUGAACGUCUUCAAACAGAUGGAGCGAGAAUUUGACCAGGCCUUUCAGUCGUAUUUCAUGUCAGAUACAGACGUAAUCGAGCCUUCCGUCUUUCCAGCGUUAUUCAAAGAGCCAACCGAAAACGCCGACCUCCCCAGCCUCUUCCAGCUGCUCUGCGGUUUGGGCCUCUCCGUUUACCGGAGGGUCAGCACCACAGUCACUGAGACCCUGAACGCCAUGGGGCACCUGCCCAAACACCGAGACACUGACCCUGGAGGCCUGAGUUCAAAGACAGUGCCUGUGCGAGACAGAGGACUAUGCGGAGAACUUGGCCAGAAUCUGUCAGGAUGUUUCCGAUGUCAUGCAAGAUGCCAAAAAUGUCGGGGUUCUCUAUGGGAAGACUGUCCUGAUGUACCUGAACUACACGUAAAAGUAGACGAGGCCCUUAAAUUGGUCAACAUAUCCGAUCAGCAGUACGUCCAGAUUCUCCAGGUGACUCAACAUCACUUGGAGGACACUGCGUAUCUGAUGGAGAAGAUGAGAGAGGAAUUUGGCUGGGUGACUGAACUGGCGAACCAGACUCCAGGAACUGAGAACACCUUCAAUUCCAGAAAGGUAGUUCCAGGUGUUCACCAAGGAAACGUUUCCAAACAAGAUGAAACGAUGAUAGACGUAAGCAUUCUGCCUUCCCCCAAUUUCACACUCAAGAUCCCUCUUGAAGAAAGUUCUGAGAGUUCUAACUUUGUUAGCGACAUGCUGGAAAAAGCUGUUCAGCAUCUGAAGGAACAUUUUAAAACUUGGUAA